CGGAAGUGGAAUUUGUUCUAUUGUUGACAUUUUUCAGAACAUUUUUUUCCAGCAAAAAGUGUCACAAACUGAAAAGUAUAUUCCUGUUUAACAGAUAAGGCAAUGUGAUUAAGUUCGGAGUAAAAGACAAAAUGUCAAGAGACCCACGUGGUGAUCCAUCCCGGACCAGGCGGGGUGAAGCCGUGGAAAUGUCUCAAAUUAACCCAGGAUAUUUAGAUGACAGCAUGGGAAGAGAUGCAAAUCAUCAAAUAAUAAAUAUGGAUGGGAGAAUUCCAUUAGAUAGGCGACACUCAGAUGGUGGUACAGGGAGUGGGCAUAGCUGGGCAAGAUAUGGAUCAGCAAGAGAUGCUGCUGAGCUUAUUAGUGAAUUACCUAGCAGGCAACUUGAUCGACUGGUUAGUGACACAGGUAAAUCUAUCAGGGCAAGGCGUAAGAGUCAAAAGACACCAUUACAUGGGUCUCUACGUGGAUACCCCAAUAGACCAACAAAUGAUCUGACAGAUUCCAUGGCAAGGAAUGAAGAACUGAUGGAUGAAUUGGAUGGAGAUAUCAGAACAAAUGAAGUCCUCAGGGGAAUGUCAUCACAUCAUCUUUCAGACAAAAGACAGAUUAAACAUGAUGUAUCAGAAAAGAGAAAAGAAAGAACAUUAAGCAGGAAAAAACACCAUAAAAAAUUAGGAACAUGGAAACAUAUGAAAUACAGAAUUGGCAUGACAUGGAUACAUUUCAAGAACAACAUGAAAGAAUUUGGAUAUUCAUUAGAGUUAUGGAAAAGUUUAAUGAAGAAGGUUGAAGGACAUUUUGGCACAGGUGUAACAUCAUAUUUCCUGUUUCUAAAGUGGAUCUUUCUGCUGAAUAUACCUGUGUUCAUAUUGACGUUUGGAUUUGUAGUGUUACCGCAAAUUUUAUUCCGCUACAACCCACCAGCAACAAUAGUAACUAAUAACAAUAAUACCAAUGUCACAUCAUAUCAUGUGUCAUUCUCUGGGGAAGAACUUCUAACUGGAGGUGGUUGGUUUAAUGACACAGAACUAUACUAUGGAUACUACACCAAUGAACAAGUUGCAGUGCCUUUAAGUAACAACAUUAAAUAUGACAUGAAAUAUGCCUACCUGUUUACCUGUGGAGGCUAUUAUAUACUUUGUCUAUUUAUAUUAGCUUUCAGCAUAUCUAAAUCGUACAAGAAGAAUUAUGUUGAAGGCAGUAGUACAACAAGUUUUUACAAUGUCACUCGAGUACUUUGUGGCUGGGAUUAUAACAUCACCUCAAAACAAGCCAGUGAUCUUAAACAUAAGAGUUUUUAUAACGAAAUGAAGGAAUAUUUAGCUGGAAAAGGGAAGAAGAAAAAGGAAAAAGAAUUAUCAGACAGUUGUAAAUGGUUCUUUAUCCGGGUUUUAACAAAUUUAAUAGUGCUUGGAAUGAUAGGUGGUUCUGGAUAUUUGAUAUAUUAUAUCCUGGACAAAAACUUGUCAGAGAGUGAUGUGCAUAUUAUUGGAGAACUAACCAUGCCAUUGGUGAUUUCUUCCAUACAUUUGGUCUUCCCCUUUAUCUUUGCUAGAAUCGGUUCACUGGAGAGAUAUGAAAAGCCUAAGCAUGAAUUAUAUGUAGGAAUGUUUAGAACCAUGCUGUUGAAAGGGGCAUUACUUGGUAUAUUGGUAUCAUACUGGUUCAGACGUCUUCCAGGUGAAGUUAACUGCUGGGAAACUAAAGUUGGCAAUGAGCUGUAUAGACUUGUAUUGAUAGAUUUUAUUUUCAUACUUGGUGCUACUUUCUUCCUGGAGUUUAUCCAUAAAAUAAUGGCAAACUAUUGUUGUACAAAGGCAUUGAAAGAACCUGAGUUUGAUAUUGGUAGGAAUACAUUAGAUCUGAUAUAUUCACAAGCAUUAUGUUGGUUUGGUACAUUUUAUUCACCAUUGUUGUCUGUUAUGAUGAUUGUCAAAUUGUUCAUAUUGUUUUAUGUCAAAGUUGUAAGUGUCCUACAGAACUGUAGACCAUCGUCCAAGGCAUGGAGGGCUUCCAGAACACAUACUAUAUUUCUUGGAUUUCUGUUUUUCUUCUUUUUAUUGACAACUGUUGCUGUUGCAGUGAGCAUAAUUACAAUUACCCCAAGUAAUGAUUGUGGACCCUUUAGAGGAGAGGAUAAAGCAUAUGAUGUAGUAACUAACUUGGUAGAGAGUUGGAAGGAUGAUUAUAAAGUGUUACAUGAGAUUGUUAAAGUUAUAUCGUCACCUGGAGUUAUAGCGGGAGUUUUAGUCAUACUCUGUGUGGGUACAUACUAUAUGAGAAUUGUGAUGGUGGGACAUAAAGAAAUGGUUACAUUACUUAGACAUCAAUUAACUAUGGAAGGGAAAGAUAAAGCAUAUUUACUAAGGAAACUACAGAAAGUAAGAACGAAGAAAAAAGAGAAAUUGGGCCAGUUGGGACAAGGUCGCAUACUUUCUGGGAACAUUGCCCAAAGAGAAACUACAGAACAAGUUCUAUCCAAGUCUAAAUUCCAGAAAUAAGUUAGAAUUACAGAUUUGAGGUAAAAGAAUUUUUACCAGAAAGUUAGCUGAAACUGCAUCUGCCUCUAUGGAAAAUUUAGCAGCAAAUGGAAAUGGUACACCUAGAAGUAGACGCCAUCAGAAAAAAUAGUCCCUUUAUCAACCCUACACUCAAAGUUAUGCAGGGUUAUUAGAAUUUUGUUGAGUCCCUUCAGCAAUAUUUAUAUUAAUGUACAGACUGCAACAUUGAUUUAAUGAUAUAGUUUUUCCAAAAUCAGAUUGUAUUUAAUUGUAAUACUGAUUUUAAUUGUUAAUUGAUCAUAAAAUGAUGGAAAAUUUUAAAGAAAUACAGUACAGUACGGUAGAGACAAUUAUAUCAUGUUAUACACCAUUGGUCAAUCAUUUUUUAUUGCGUACCAUUGUUCUUUAGUUAAACAAAACACAUCAUAAAAUGCUUUUUUUAAAAACAUUUUGGAUUGGAAAAGGGAGGGGGGAGUGUGGGUGAUAUAGUUGACAAAAUCACACCAGUAAUAGUUAAAUAAAGAAAAUUUGUGAAAAAUAAGUUAAUACUUUAUUGAUAUAUUUUGUUGUUGAAGUAUUUUUCAUAUGGAAGUUUUCUUAUUUUAUGAAUUGGUGCAAACUCUGUCAUUAAACUUUUAACAUUCCAUGAAUGCAAAAACCAUUCCAAAAUUAACUGGUUAUUAUGAAGCUAUUGUAUUUCUGUACAGAUGCUUAAUCUUAUAUGCUGUUUGAUCAAAUUCAUUAUUUAUAAUAUUAUCAGGGAUUAUGAUAUGCAUUAUUAUAUCAAUAUACAAAAAUAAGUUUAUAUGUUUGAAAAAAAAAAUCAAAAAAAAAAUCAAACAAUAGUUUCAUAUUUUAAGUUAAUUCUAAUCAGAUGAAGUUUUAUAGACAGUGGUAAAACUCUCUUUUUUACCUGUUAUGAUUUUUUAAAGAGCAUUAUAUUUUUACAAAAGGAAAAAUCACAGCAGUUUUAAUGUUACUAUUUUCUUUUAAAAUUGUUUAUCUACAAACCUAUAAAAACUGUCUGUAUUUAUUAUAUAUACAUUGUAGUGAGAGUUUUGUGGGCAUUGUUUGGUUUGACAAAUUAAUUAUCUAUGCAAUUCUUUUGAGGCAUUAAAACACUAUUUGUCUGAAAUUUUUUUGCGUUCUUUCUCAGGCAUUCAAAUACAUAGGUUUUUGUAUAUGUAGUGGUAUAUAGCUCAAGCUAAUAAUAGAGAUACUAAUAUAAUAGUCUUAAAAUAAUAGAAAUAAAGAAAUCCAUCUAUCUACAAAUUAUGUCAAUAUUGUAAAUGUGUAAAUCUUUGCAGCAGUAUUAGAUUGGGAAUCUCACAAAUCAACACUCGUUAGUCAUGAAGUAUUAAAACAAAUGUGAAAUGAUAAAAGUCAGAACAGUGGGAAUAAUGAUAAUUAAUUGUUGAUUGAAACGAACGUGAUGAUUUUUUUAAGGUAAUACAGUUAUUUGUCUUCAUUAUUUAAGAGAGAAAUUUUUUGCAUUAUCAAAACCCACAUUUUUUACUCUUCCAAAUGAUUUAUAGGUUCGUUUCCUAUAAAGAAGGUGCAUUGUUGGUUAUAUUUAUAAUUGUAAUUUAUAAUUUUUACUUUUAUAUGUUAACACCAAUUAGAUAAUAGGGAAUCUGCAUAAUUAACUUUCAUAUUACAUCUUUAUUUUCUACAAUUUUAUUUUCAAUUUGCUUUGUUUUAUGUAUACUAUAAAUAAAAGAUACUUUGAAAAACAAUUAUGUAAUAAGCGCUUCAUGAGAAAUCUUCCUUGAAUACUGAACGUUUUAAGUGUAAUGUUUUUACCUUAAAUUUCUGCAUUUAUUUUUUAAUCUAGCUUAUAAUUUGAGGACUGAAUUAUGUCUAAGAUUACCUGCUGAAAUGGUACUUCAUAGGCUAUAUGAAGUCUAAAUAUAAUCAUCUUUUAUGAUCAUUUUAUUACUUACUUGUUCAAAUCAAAUUUUAGCAACAACUCUAAAAACAUGGGAUGAAUUUGCAUUAAUUCCAAUGCAGAUAAAUCCUUGACAAUGAAAAAAGUCACAUGAAUGUAUUUUCUAUGUCCUGUCUCAUAAAUUUUUGCAUAAUACAAUGCUUGGUUGAAAAUCCUGCAGAUUCCCUAUAUAGUCUGUGUGUAUAUCGAACAAUUGAAUUUGUAUAUAAUAGGAUGACAAUCAAAACUUUUAUGACUUAAUUGAUAGCUUAGAUGAUGAAUAAUGCCAACAUAUGAGAUUUGAUAAAAUGUCUAUGCAAUAGUCCUUUGAGUAUGUCUAUCUAACUAGCUAUAAACCUACUUUGCUUGCCCUGCUUGUUUUGCUGUUUGAAAACUUUUUGCCAUGACAAGAUUUAUUGAAAGCUACACAUUGCAUGGAACGGUAAUUAUAGCUAAAAAUGAAUCCUCAGGGACUAAUGAGUUGAUAUGUUGGCCAUUUGUUUCUAUGAAUUUUGAUUACUGUUCCAUGAUUAUCAACAAGAAAUUAUCCAUUAUUAUAGAUAGAUUAUUAAGGCAAGUAAGUUUAUGAUAAAAUGCAAUGAACCUGCUUAACAUCUCUACUACAAAACAGAGUUUAAUUAAGGCAGGUCAGUAUGAGAAAAGAAAUUUUGAAAAUCUUUUUAAAAAUAAAUAGGCUUAGUAUAUAGAAGAAUUUAAUACACUGCAAAGAAUGUAGAUAUUGGUUGGGCAUAGUGGGGAAUUACAUUCAAAUAGUUUCUUCAGAAAAAUUCAGAGCAUUCUGUUCCAAACUUCGGUUGAAUGUUUAUAAGGGUAUUUAUGUACACAAUUUUUUACAAUGUUCCCAAAAAUGAAGCCACUUUCUGUUGGUUCUAUUAACAUGACAUUAGGGAAGGUACUAAUUAUUUAUUAUUAACUCUGAAACAAUUUGUUGGAUUUAAGUUUUGAUGAAUGAUAGAAAUGAUGGAUAAUUGUAAUACUUUAUCAGAUGACUACUUACUGCAACCAAACAAAUAUUUGUCAUUGCAAUAAACAGAAAAUAUUUGAUAAAAACGAUUCGAUUCUAACUGUUCAUGUUUAGGAAGUACUGUCAAUGAACAAUUGUCUGUUACUUUAACACCAUAACAAAAGCAUUGUGACAUUGGAAACAUACAGGAAAACUCAUGUGUAUUGGCUGCAACCAAAAUUCAAAUAAUAACCACUGUAGAAAACUAUUUCAGUUGAAAAUACUUUGAGUGGUCCCUUCCCACAAACAACUGGACCUUUGAAAUUGAACCUUCAAAUUUUGUUUUUAAGAUGAAACAUUCAUUAGGUCUGUCAUUUUAAUGAAUCAAUUUAUACUUUUGUUGUUGUUGAGUUGUAAAUAACUAUUGAUUAACUACACAUUACAAGAAUGGUUACAUAAAUUUAGAGAAGAUGGUAGUUCAAUACAUGUGCAAUAUAGCAAUAUGUUAUGUGUCGGAAGAAGGUGAUUAAAUUAAAUAGAUCUUAUAUUUAUCUAUGGCACCCUUUAUCAUAUAUGUGAUUUGUUAGUGUUCAUUUUGUGCCAAUGCAUUGUAAUGUAGAGAAAUAUUGAAUAUAUGUUCAAUAGUGAUUGAAUUUUGUCAUCUGGAAUCAAAUUGGUUAUUCCAUUUGCGACAUUUAGGAAGAUGACAGUUAAAAUUUAUGAUUUUUCAUUUCAUGUUUCAAAACAAUUGUUUCCAAAUAAGAUAAUAAACAGAUGUAUCAGUUUGACAUUUAAAGCUAUGCAGUCAUUUUCAUCAGUUUCAGGAUGAAUUGCUAAAAUAGAAGAUUUUAGUUUUUUUGUUUUUCAUAAUUAAAUUUGAAUCUAGAAUUGUUCAAGAUGAAAAUAAUUAUUAUUGAUGUUAAAAAAUUUAUAUAUAUAUAUCCAGCUUCUAAUGUAUAUAAAUUUCUUUCCCACAAAUAUUUGUGAAAAUUUUACCAGUAAUAUAAUAUGUCAAGGACAAAUGCUUCAGAGCUGCAUUAUAGUUAGAACAGAAUCAGAAACACUAUGGAGGGAUUUCUACAGCUUUAUUCUAAUUGAUGCAGGUUUACUGCAUCAAUCAGUGUAAGCACACCUAUUCAUAAUAAUACUUUAUUCCAAAAGCAAAACUGUGUAUAUAGAAGUUAUUACAAUCAUAAUUAUAUUUAUAAUAUUAAUUAUAUCUACAUAUAUAUUUUAUAAAGAUGUCCCAUAUGCAUAAUUGUAAUUUAACAUUUUAACCUUGUUGAAAAAUAUUUGUUUAAUAAAAUUGGAAACUAUA